GCUUGUAAUCACUUAUCAUUCCCGUUUUGUAAACCAACAACCAUGUUCGCUAAAAUAUUUGCACUCACUUUAGUUAUCGGCGCGUACAGUCGCGUGCUCCCCAAUGAUAAUGACUUUAUUCGGCCUUUUGGUGAUCUUUCGAAUAUAAUCAAUGAUGAUUUGGAAGACUAUAACUUCGAAAAGACAGCUGAGAGUGUAAGACCUAUAUAUUUGAGUAGAGUAGCUCGCCAAGUUCGUGGUUCGGUAAAUACUAAUCCUGAUGGUAGUGCUAAUGUGAUGGGAAAAAUACCCUUAGCCGGGAAUGAUAAGAAUAUUUUGAGCGGUGUAGGUGGGAUAUAUGGGGCAAAGGAUGGAGGUUUUAGCGCCGCUUCUGCUGGUCUUGCUUUGGAUAAUAUAAACGGCCACGGCGCAAGUAUUACGGGAAAGCACAUCCCAGAUUUCGGAAACCAACUAACAGGCGCAGGAAAAGUUAACCUGUUCCAUAAUGACAAACAUGACUUAAACGCCAAUGCCUUCGCAACGAGAUCUUUCCCGAAGAAUCCUGUGAUACCAAACUUCAAUACGUAUGGAGCUGGCGUAGAUUAUACAUUCAAUAACAAAGUUGGCGCAUCAUUAGGCGUCGCUCACACGGAUCUCCUGAAGCGUACUGAUUACUCAGCUAUGGGCAACUUGAAUCUCUUCAGGAAUCCCAGCAGCUCAUUAGACUUUAAUGCUGGAGCCACACGUUCUAUGUCACCAUACAUACCGAAAAGCAAUUGGGAACCCACGUUUGGAAUGACGUAUUCUAGAUAUUUUUAAUUAUAACGUAUGGAAGAGAUUUUAACUUCAUGUCAUGUAGCAUAUAUUGUAUAUUAUGUGUUAAUUUGGUUUCGAAUUGUUAGUGUUUAGAUAUAAUAUUGGCAAUGUCGUCGAAUAAAUGUAAUAUGAAUUGUAUCUAGAGACACCUCGAGACUGAUUAUGUAUAUGACAGAUACAAUAAAGUAUUGUAAGAUAA